AUGAGUUGUGGAAUGCGAUUGGAGGAUUUGAACUUGAGAAAUGAGAAAAGGAGAAGUGUUAAUUGUGCGCAACGAUAUGGUUAUCCAUACACGGAAAAAAUGUAUUUAUUUUUGUGCGUGCUUUUGUUGUUGGUAUUAGAUAAAUCGUCAUCAUGUCAUGCUGCUAAGGAAAAUUCCGGACGCAGUGGACGUGCUGUGGGUCACAGCGAACAAUAUAUCAAACAGAUAUUUUAUACUCAUGCGAACUGUGUUCAUGCGGAUUGGGCUUGUAAUCAAGAGUGUCGCUUGGAAUAUGUAAAUCGUUCUACCGGAUUAUGUGUCCCACCUUCUCCAACAGAAACUUGCUUCGGAAUACCCAUUCGUUACAAUUAUACCUUCGAAACUGCUGAUGUUUUAGCUGUAUUGUCGAAAUAUGAAGUUCUCAGCAAAUUCCCACGAUGUUGGUCGGCGCUGGGACCUUUGCUGUGUGCGGUGGCUUAUAGGCCAUGCUCUAACCGAGCAUAUUUCGAAGUUUCGAUGGAUAAGCCGGGCAAAAUGGAAUUAUGGCAGGUGUUUCGGAAGGAUAUGUGCCAGCAAGCAGUUGAAAAAUGUAAUUUUCUCUUGGAAAACGGCUUCUGGCCUAGUUUUGUCAAUUGUUCAGAUACGAUCAAAUCGAAGGACGGAAGACGGAUUUUUUCGGAUGGGUCUUGUGCGAUGGCUUACAACAAAGAGCCCUCAAAAAUGGAACCAAAGCAAUGCUUGUGGCCUUUGACUGCUGGAAUAAGUCAUACUAAACCUAUGGCUCAACCGCUUAUCGACGAUUGUUAUCUUCCGUGCAGGUCACCUUUAAUUAGCUCACAGUGGAUAUACGAUGGUUUUAGGACGUUAAUUUUUUCCUUCUCUUUACUUACUUUUAUUGGUGGUCUAGUUUGUACGCUUUAUCUAUUCAUUUUCUCACUUCUCUUCACGAGUGAUCUUUGUGUUUAUUCAUUAACCCAUGCACUCUUAAGUGCAACUAUCCAUUGGUUCAUGUGGUUACUAAGUUAUGCUGAUCGAGUAGCAGAGCGUGCAAUGUGUUUCGAUAUGCUAAGGCGUGAUGCAAAGAUUUUAAGGAGUUUAUUAGAUUGGUGUAGCAUUCAGUUUUGGCUGCUACAUACUACGAUAUUAUCUGGCUUUUUUUGGUUACUGAUUGCAUUGGCAAUUCAAAUCGGUCGACCAAAAAUCAAUCGUGAACAAACAAUUAAAUGGAAUAAGCAUAAUCAUCUUGAAUUGCGCUGCUUUUUCCUUGUUUGUUAUUUAGUGGCUGGUUCAUUAGCUACAAUUGCAUUAUGGGCAGAUGUUAUUGAAACAGAUGGUAUCACCGGUGUUUGCUAUUUCGGAUUUCAUACGAUAAGAAGUGCGGCAAAUCUCUAUGGUCCCAUCCUGGUCACUUUUACAUUGUUCUUACUUGCGAUCGUUUAUUUUCGCAAGUGUAAUGGAGAUAGGAUGAAAAUCGAGACUUCAAAUAAUUCGGAAAAACGAGAUCAAGUGGUACUUAUUGUAGACCACAUCGAUGAUGAUAAAGGGUUAUUUGAUUAUGAGGAUGCUAAGAAAAAUGGCUACUCACAAAUGGCGUUCUUUUGGCGAAAUCUGUUUUGCAUUAUUACCACUCUAUCAUUUGUCGCAGUUGCAAUACUCCUUCACUAUAGCUUUUUUACUGAUGGCAUUUCAGAACAGGAAGUUAUUCUGGAUUCCGUAAGAUGUUCUCUGAAUAAAACAGUUACGGAGGGGCAGACGAGAUGGUUGCAUGGAAUAACGCGGGAUCAAAAAGCAGAUGCUUUUUCGAGGCGAGCAUCCAUCGGUAGCAGUUUUUUAAGCGCUCCUGGUUGCGAAUUGCCAUCAAGUGUGGACGAUCAAUUAUUACCUAUAUUUCUGGUCUAUCUUUUUUUUCCUUCAUUUCCAUUUGUAACUGUUAUCAUUUACAUAUUGACUGGAUUUUGUGGCUAUGGGAUGAUUGGUGUUGAGAAAAUACGGAAAAAGUUCAAUCCGUUUGUUUUGGUGAAGUACUCAGAAUUGACUCCAAUAACGGGAAAGCAACAGCCUGAUGAAACGCUGAUUACCGGUACAUCUAAUUCCUCUAGUAAAAUGAGUCCAUCGAAAGAAGUUUCUUCCAAGGAAUGUGAAAAUAUCACACAAUUGGAAAAUAACGAAGAAGAAUCUCGCGACAUAUUUCCUACAGAUUUGAAAAUUAGGAGAUUGGAUGUUUUACAAAGAAGUAGGGAAAGAAGAAGGCGCCAAAUGGAAAGUGGAUAUCUGUUUUUGAAACCAACGAAUUCAAUUCAAACGACAACGUCGGUUCUUUCUGCUUAUCAAAACGGGGUUGUCGAAGGUCACUGGCGUGAACGAUGUGUAAAUUAUGAGAAGCAAAUCAAAGCACUUUCGGCUAAUUUACGCAUUGCAGAUCAUGAAAUACGACGAUUAGCUGGUUUGGAAAUGUCGGAAUCUAUGAUUGCAUCAAGAAAGCAAAAGUUUCCAUAUGCAGCUCAUUCGAUUGAUAUGAAUUAUUCAAUUCCCAUCGCAGACCGAAAACCAUUGGUUUUAGCUAAAUUCGGGUUGCACCAAUGUCCAAGGACUGAUAAUGCAGAUCAUUCAGACAAUUUAUCGACCGAAAAUGUGAAUGCUUCUGAAAAGCCUGCUGGUUCAGAAAAUGAUAUUCAUAUGCAAAACAAACCUCAUAUCGACGAAAAAAAUGAAACGAAGAUACACCAGAUGUCAUCUUUAAAACCUCAGACUUUUUUUGGUGCAUCGGCCAUGCAAGGUCUGUCAGAUGAGACUGCAGAUGAUGGUCAUCUUUCGGAAAGUUAUCAUGACAGUGACAGUUUCAAUUCCGAUGAAGAAGAUUCUGAAGAAGAAAGAUUAUACAAUGAAAAAGUGGCAGAAUUGCAACGAAGGCAACAGUAA